AGCACUGGAACAGGCUGCCUUGUGGAGGCUCCUUCUCUGGGGAUAUUUAAAACCUGUCUGGACUCUUUCCUGUGUAACCUAGGGUCCAUUCAGUGUUGUGCGGCGAUGCAUCAACAGGGAAACAGGGCAACAGUUUGCUGUAAAGAUUGUCGAUGUAGCAAAAUUCACUUCAAGUCCUGGAUUAAGCACAGAAGAUCUGAAGAGGGAAGCCAGUAUUUGUCACAUGCUGAAGCAUCCUCAUAUUGUUGAACUGCUGGAGACAUACAGCUCAGAUGGAAUGCUUUAUAUGGUUUUCGAGUUUAUGGAUGGAGCAGAUCUGUGUUUUGAAAUUGUGAAGAGAGCAGAUGCUGGAUUUGUGUACAGCGAGGCUGUAGCCAGUCAUUACAUGAGACAGAUAUUGGAAGCUCUACGUUACUGUCAUGAUAAUAAUAUAAUUCACAGGGAUGUGAAGCCACAUUGUGUACUGCUUGCCUCAAAGGAGAAUUCAGCCCCGGUAAAGCUUGGUGGCUUCGGGGUAGCAAUUCAAUUAGGAGAAUCUGGACUAGUUGCUGGAGGACGUGUAGGAACACCUCAUUUUAUGGCCCCAGAAGUGGUGAAAAGGGAACCUUAUGGGAAGCCUGUAGAUGUUUGGGGUUGUGGUGUCAUCCUUUUUAUCCUGCUAAGCGGUUGUUUGCCUUUUUAUGGAACCAAGGAAAGAUUGUUUGAAGGCAUUAUUAAAGGAAAAUACAAGAUGAAUCCUCGGCAGUGGAGCCAUAUUUCUGAAAGUGCCAAAGAUCUGGUACGCCGCAUGCUUAUGCUGGAUCCAGCAGAAAGGAUAACAGUAUAUGAAGCACUGAAUCAUCCCUGGUUGAAGGAGAGAGAUCGCUAUGCAUACAAGAUUCAUCUUCCAGAGACAGUAGAACAAUUGAGAAAAUUCAAUGCAAGACGAAAACUAAAGGGGGCAGUACUAGCAGCUGUGUCAAGCCACAAAUUCAACUCCUUCUAUGGUGACCCCCCUGAAGAGUUGCCAGACUUCUCUGAAGAUCCUACCUCCUCAGGAGCAGUCUCACAGGUGUUGGAUAGCCUGGAGGAAAUUCAUGCACUCACAGAUUGCAGUGAAAAAGACUUAGAUUUUCUUCACAGUGUUUUCCAGGAUCAACAUCUUCACACGCUACUAGAUCUUUAUGACAAAAUAAACACAAAAUCUUCGCCACAGAUCAGGAAUCCUCCAAGUGAUGCUGUACAGAGAGCCAAAGAGGUAUUGGAAGAAAUUUCAUGUUACCCAGAAAACAAUGAUGCAAAGGAGCUAAAGCGUAUUUUAACACAACCUCAUUUCAUGGCCUUACUUCAAACUCAUGAUGUAGUGGCACAUGAAGUUUACAGUGAUGAAGCGCUGAGAGUUACACCUCCUCCCACCUCUCCAUACUUAAACGGAGAUUCUCCAGAAAGCGCCAACGGCGACAUGGAUAUGGAGAAUGUAACGCGAGUUCGACUGGUGCAGUUCCAGAAGAACACAGAUGAACCAAUGGGAAUCACUUUAAAAAUGAAUGAGCUGAACCAUUGCAUUGUGGCAAGAAUUAUGCACGGAGGAAUGAUUCACCGGCAAGGUACGUUACAUGUAGGGGAUGAAAUCCGAGAAAUAAACGGCAUCAGUGUGGCAAAUCAAACAGUAGAACAACUACAAAAAAUGCUUAGGGAAAUGCGUGGAAGUAUCACCUUUAAGAUAGUGCCAAGUUAUCGCACACAAUCUUCAUCCUGUGAGAGAGAUUCCCCCUCUACAUCCAGACAGUCCCCAGCUAAUGGCCAUAGCAGCACUAACAAUUCUGUUUCGGACUUGCCAUCGACAACACAACCAAAAGGACGACAGAUAUAUGUAAGAGCACAGUUUGAAUAUGAUCCAGCAAAGGAUGACCUUAUUCCUUGCAAAGAAGCUGGCAUCAGAUUCCGAGUUGGUGAUAUUAUCCAAAUAAUUAGCAAAGACGAUCACAACUGGUGGCAGGGUAAACUGGAGAACUCCAAAAACGGUACUGCAGGUCUUAUUCCUUCUCCUGAACUUCAAGAAUGGCGGGUUGCUUGUAUUGCCAUGGAGAAGACCAAACAGGAACAACAGGCCAGCUGUACAUGGUUUGGAAAGAAAAAAAAGCAGUACAAAGAUAAAUAUUUGGCAAAGCACAAUGCAGUGUUUGAUCAAUUAGAUCUCGUCACAUAUGAAGAAGUAGUAAAACUGCCAGCAUUCAAAAGGAAAACACUAGUCUUACUAGGUGCACAUGGUGUUGGAAGACGACACAUAAAAAACACACUCAUCACAAAACAUCCGGACAGAUUUGCUUACCCCAUUCCUCACACAACCCGACCUCCAAAGAAAGAUGAAGAAAAUGGAAAAAAUUACUACUUUGUAUCACAUGACCAAAUGAUGCAGGAUAUAUCAAACAAUGAAUAUUUGGAAUAUGGCAGCCAUGAGGAUGCAAUGUAUGGGACAAAACUGGAAACAAUACGGAAGAUCCAUGAGCAGGGACUAAUUGCAAUACUUGAUGUAGAACCUCAGGCAUUGAAGGUCCUGAGAACUGCAGAGUUUGCUCCUUUUGUUGUUUUUAUUGCUGCACCUACGAUUACCCCAGGCAUUAAUGAGGAUGAAUCUCUUCAGCGCCUGCAAAAGGAGUCUGAAAUCUUACAGAGAACAUAUGCACACUACUUUGACCUAACAAUUAUCAACAAUGAAAUUGAUGAAACAAUCAGGCACCUGGAGGAAGCCAUUGAGCUCGUUUGUACAGCGUCGCAGUGGGUGCCGGUCUCCUGGGUCUAUUAGGCCACUCAUGAGAUCAUUGAAAAAGCCUGGCGUUACUGGGAACCACCUCAUACAUGGAAAACCUCUUCGUUAUUGACCUUGUGUCAGCAGGUCUUGGCCCCUAGAGACUACCUAGAUGUAGUGUGACCUAAAUUUAUAAUUAUUGUCAUGUCCUAAUAGAUAGGAGGAGGGGAAAAAAAAAAAAAACAAUUAAACACUAAUUUAAAGAGACAGUAUCUUUUUUUUUUAAUCAUUUCUCCUAAACUUUAAUAAAGUGUAUCUUUAAAUGUAUGUAUUAUUCAGUCCUUUGGAAUGUUAUAUUUUUGGAAAUCAUAGCUUUUUAUUUCAAGGGCCCCUAAAAACUGCACAAAAUAGAUGCUGCUUUCUAUAAUCUAUUUUAAUAGUAAUAAUAAUAUGAUUCUGUUACCUUAACUUGGGGGUGGAACACUACAUUCUUUUUAGAGUCUGAUCUUAUGGAUCAGAAUACUUUCCUUUAUUUAUUUGAAAUAAUUAGUCUAGUGGUUACGGAACAAAUUCAUAAGUUUUAAAGGCCUUUCUUCGUCUUUUUUUUUUCUUUUUUUUUUUUUAGGGUAGCGUUUUUAAGUACUUUUGUGUAACAUCCAGAUAAUGUGAUACUGUCUCUUUGAAGAACUCUGUAAAACUUCUUUUAGAAAUUUGAAAUUGGGUCUUGACUCUUAAUGCAUGUGGACAGUCGCAAGCGUUCAUGCCGUUGGUGUAUCUGUGUUGAAAAAAAACUGUAAUCUACAGCAAAGUACAUUCCGUUCAUGGGAAAAUGUACCCAAGGGAAUAAAGUGAAAUAUUAUUCUGACUAAGUUGUAAACCUAUGCACAUCCCUUGCAUUUUGGGCAACUUUAUAAAAAAAAAAAGAAAAAAAAA